UCGCGCCCCGCUCCCGGCGGCCCCCGCGCGGGCCGCCCGCUCAUUGGCCGCGCUCGGGGCGCGCGCGCGGCGCGCACGGCGGCCCCGGCCCGACGGCGCGAGCCCCGCCAGCCCCAACAUGUCUCGAGAGACUGGAAGUGAUACACAGCAGUCUCAGAGUGGCCAGCAGACACAGAGUGGCACCAGCUCCUCGUCCAGUGGCUCACAGAGCACUAGCCAGUCUUCCUCGAGUUCUGGGACCCUCAGUUCCUUGGACACUGUUCCCACUCAGGAGCUUCCCUCCAUCCCUGAGGAUCAGGAAUCUGAAGAGCUGGCUCCUCAGCCUUGGGGUCGACUCUUUGCCCUUGCAAAAGGUUUCAGCAACUGUGACUGUGUGAAUGAGCAAUACUGGUUUGGGAGAGACAAAAGCUGUGAUUACAGUUUUUCUAAGCUAGGAUUGUCUGAGACUGGCUUCUACCAAAACUAUAGUAAGAAACACUUCCGAAUUUUCAGGGAAAUGGGACCAAAGAAUUCCUUUGUUGCCUACAUUGAAGACCACAGUGCAAAUGGGACAUUUGUUAACAGACAGCUCGUUGGAAAAGGGAGGAGGCUUCCACUGACACAUAACUCUGAAAUUGCAUUGUCUAUACAGACCAAUAAGGUGUUUGUAUUUUCUGAUCUUACGGUGGAUGAUCAGAUGAUGUUUCCUAAAGAAUUCAGAGAGAAAUAUAUCAUGUCAAGGACUUUGGGAAGUGGCGCCUGUGGAGAAGUCAAACUGGCCUUUGAGAAGGGCACCUGUAACAAAGUGGCAGUGAAAAUCAUCAAUAAAAGGAAGUUUGUGGCAAGUGGCCUGAGUGACGCAAACCCAGCUUUAAAUAUCAAUACAGAAAUUGAAAUUUUGAAGAAAAUAGAUCAUCCUUGCUUAAUCAAGAUUAAGAAUUUCUUUGAAGCAGAGGAUUACUACAUUGUUUUGGAACUGAUGGAAGGAGGAGAACUGUAUGACAGAGUGUCAAGGCCAGUCAAGAUGAGAGAAGAUAUCUGCAAGUUGUACUUUUAUCAGAUGUUGCUGGCAGUAAAGUAUCUUCAUGACAAUGGAAUUAUACACCGAGAUCUAAAGCCAGAAAAUGUGCUACUUUCAUCUUCUGAAGAGAUAUGUCUUAUAAAGAUUACAGAUUUUGGACAAUCCAAGAUUCUUGGAGAAGCUUCUCUUAUGAAAACUUUAUGUGGUACUCCCAUGUAUCUUGCUCCUGAGGUUCUAAAUUCACUUGGGACUGCUGGAUACAGCCGAGCUGUGGACUGCUGGAGUUUAGGAGUUAUUCUUUUUGUAUGCUUGUGUGGAUAUCCACCAUUCAAUGAGCAAAAUACUCAACUCUCUCUGAAAGAUCAAAUCACUCGUGGAAAAUACACGUUCAUUGCAAAAGAAUGGAAGCACGUGUCAGGCAUGGCUCUGGAUCUUGUGAAGAAGCUGUUAGUGGUGGAUCCAGGCAAACGUCUCACCACAGAGGAAGCCUUAGAGCAUCCUUGGCUUCAGGAUGAGGAUAUGAAAACUACAUUUCAACAGCUGCUUGCUCAGACACGUACCAAUAUGGACCCACCAGAAACGUCAAAAAUGCCAACCACGACAAGAAAGCGUCCCCAUGAAAAUGAGGAGGAAUGUGGCUCUGCCAAGUGUGCCGUUCCUUCUACGUCCUUUCAGAAAAUGAGGUGAAAAGGAAGAGAAAAUGACUUUGUUAAUGACAGCUUUUUUAUGGGAAGCAGAAUUUUUUAUUAAGAACAAUCUUAAUAAUGGAAGAAACGGUUGAAGAUGUAUAAUUUCCAAAUAAAAAUGACUUUGUAAGACUGAA